CAAAUGACCUAUGAGAAAUGAAACCGGUGCAAAAUGAGUGCUCAGUAGGGUUUUGAUUCACGGGUAAAAUUCAAAAAGUAAGAUUACAAGAAUAUUUCUUUCCCUCACUUCUUAGACCGCAGAGAUUGCCGCCACUCGUAAAAGGCGUUUCCAAAUGCAUCAUGAAACCGAAGAUGCGCAUGCUAGCAACGGCCAUGAGGCGGUGGCGAAAGUUAGCUCCGCCGCCGAGGACCGGCGGAUGAUCGCCGGCGAAGAUGAUAUGCGAAUUCUGAACGAUGCCGUCAGUAAAGUAUCUCCGCACGCGGUGAAGGAUUUGUUGUCUCUCGGGAUAUGCAUUGGAUGCAUCUUUCGGCUAUCUGGGGUUCGUGGGCAUAUUUUUUCUUGCCCCUCACUCUUGCUGUCAAUCUUACAUCCAGUGAUUGGUGAACCAACAGAUUCAAGCACACAUCGAUACACUGGAAUUGGAGGAAAUGAAGACUCUGGUGCUGCCCAUUCUUCUCAAGAAUCAGAAUGUGAGCCAGUGAUUUGCAGCAUUUGUUUAGGUGUUUUGCAGUUCACUUAUUUUGAUGACAAAAAAAUGUUGGUGAAAAAGGAUUCUGCUGAUGAGUUAGCUGUGUCAAUUGCUAACCUGGUAAAGAAAGAGGGCCAUGAGUUUGAUAACUUCUCUCUGGAAGUCUCUAUACCACCUGUUAUCGCGGAAAAUGAACAUGUAGUCUUGUUGUAUAUGAAGAAGAAGUAUGGAUCUGAACUGUGGUUCCAAGAAAAGUUUCUAUCUGAGAGGAUUUCUGCCAAGGAUGCCUUAAAAUUAUCUUUAUGUAAUCCCCUUGAAAAAUUAUUGGAUGUUAAAUCUUCUGGUUCAAGCACUUUCCGCAUCCGUUUGACAUAUGCUCAACCCAGAGCAUCAGGAAAGAACCAAAAUAUCACGGAGAGGAGCCAGGGAUGCAAAAGAAGGAGAACAGGCACUGAGAACAUCUUCAGUACUGUUCAUGGGUCCGUGGUUGAUGGCAUAGAGUGCUCAGAUAUUUCUACCAGCGAAGCAGAUGCAGGAAUUAGAAAGCCUUCUGAUGGUCUGCAAGAUAACGAAAAUUCUGACUGCUUCAAAUUCCCACUAGAGAAGGUCAACCAACCAUGCCAUUUGGCAUUUCUUUGCUACAGGACACACAUCUACAUUGGUGGGAGAUACCUAAAGUACUCAAGAAAUGUGAGUCAAACACGUUGGAUCAUUGAUGAUGAAAGAAUGGGUGAAGCAUCUGUUGAGGAAAUAAUAGGUGGCAACAUUCUUCCCAUGUGUCUGGGUGAUAAUUACAAGUUCCAUGCUGCUGGUAGAGAGGAUAUCAAUGUCCGGAUGUUGGGUUCAGGCCGUCCUUUUCUUGUUGAGAUACAAAAUUCUCGCCAUGUCCCAUCUGAGGCACUCAUAAAAGAAAUAGAAGUGAAGAUAAAUAACUUGGAAAAUAAAUUAGUUAGGGUAAAAAAUCUUAAACUGGUAGACAGCCAUGGGUGGAGCCUAAUGCAAGAAGGAGAGGAAGAGAAGCAGAAGCAAUAUGCUGCACUAGUAUGGAUUGAUCGCCCUCUAAAAGAUGAAGACAUGCAGGCUAUAUCUUCACUGAAAGACAAGAAAAUUUUGCAGAGAACUCCAAUAAGGGUGCUUCACCGACGAAGUCCAUUAGAACGUGAAAAGAUUAUACAUUGGAUGAAAAUUGAAAAGAUUGCUGGCAGUUCUCAAUAUUUUCUUUUGCACCUAUGUACCCAGGCUGGAACAUAUAUCAAGGAAUUUGUUCACGGUGAUCUUGGACGCACCCAUCCUAGUGUUGGUUCCAUUCUAGGUUGCCGAGCUGAGAUCCUUCAACUUGAUGUUACAGAGGUGAAAAUGGACUGUUUUCUGGAUGAAUGAGAUGAGAUGAGAUUCUCCAGUAUUAGCUUUGGCUUGCCUUUGACGUGAGGUUUAUAAUUUCAAGCAUGCCCUUUACAUUGCAUGGCAUGGAAAUUAUUUUUCUGUUAUGGAUUUAAGCCCUCCCAACCAAUCCAUUAGGUUGGCCUCGGCUACUUUACAUGGCUUUCUGCAACUGACCAAAAGUGACUCAAAGUUGUGCUGCUUUGAUUUUUCCCGGGUUUGAAAAGAAAAAUAGUGCUAGCUUUCUUCCCCGCGAACAUGUGCGACUGAGUUGUGGUUAUAUAAUUUCAGUUACACACUGGUCCUCACCUAUUGCAAUUGAUGCCUUUAAACGCCCGGGGAAACUGCUCUUCCAAACACAGUUCAUGAUGCAGGAAGUUGUCGGUUUGCAUUUGUUUUGGUCCUCUUAUGCGACUAAUCCAUAAAUUUUGUUAUCCUUGCCUCUAAAUUUCGUUGGCCUAUUAUUAUAAAUUAUGUUUUAUGUUUCCUUUCAGCGGUUUGACAGUUGGCUGGAUAUUAGAAUAAUAAGGUAUGUUUGUAAUAAAAGGCUAGCUCUCGGUUAGAGUUAGUUCAAAAAGACCCGUUUCUGUUUUUUUUUUUUUUUCCUUUUCUGCUAUUUGAUAAGCAGAGAGGAUUAUAGGUUGUUGUGGUCUUGAGUUGCCAUAUAUGGCCAUACCCUCUGUUUUGAAAACAGAGCUCAAUUUUCAACUUUGUAAUAUGGUAUCAGAGUAGAUUUCUUCUGUUAA